AUGGCUUCGAGUACUGGGAUAGAGACUGGUUCUCCCUCUAUGGCAUCCACUUCAACUCCAACUCCCUAUCCAUCCUCUGCCUCUUUGGCAUCAGCCUCAGCAUCAGCAUCGGGACCCUCUUCAAUUACAGACCCUUCAUCCACAUCCUCAUGGUCAUCAUCCCUCGACCCACUCUCACCAUCCCGUAAUCCACUUGCGUCCUCAGCCCUCGAAUCGCUAGCCAAAUCUUUACCUACCUAUCUUGCAGUCGGGGGCUCAGUACUGGGAGUGUUGGUAGUGAUUGCAUUGGUCAGUUGGUGGUAUAGACGAAGGAAAAGGAGAAAUAGGUUUGGGAAAGAUGAGGAGUACGAAGAAGAGUGGAGGGUAGUAAGGAGUAAGAGGGAGGAAGGAGAUUUGGAGAAAGGUCGGAAUAGUUCUAACCGUACUAAUGAGAAUGGUAAUGAAGACAUGUCGGCUACCACCACCACCACUCACGAGCAUGGAAAUGAGGAAAAAUCAAGUGAGAUCUACUCUAUCACCCAUGCCACUCCAUCGAAAUCAUCACCCAACCUCAGUGUACAUGUCGAUCAGUAUGAUCUUUCCCCUGCCAGUAGUCCCAUGUCGAGUCCCAUGUCGAGUAGGACUGGGUCGCACGAGAAUUUGGUGCAGAAGAGUGAUGAAUUAUAG